CUUACUGAGGCAGCAGAAAAAGGAAGCCAAAAAACCAUGGAGAAGCUGGCAGCUGAUAUGCUCUUUGGAUAUGAUAGUCCUCAAAAUGUAAAAGCAGCUGUAUCACUAUAUAAGAUUUUAGAAAAAGGGUCCCAUAAAGGCCAGACUGCAUUAGAUUCUUGUCAUCAGAUGGACCUAUAUCAGGCAAAGGCACUUGUAUAUUACACAUUUACUAGUAUCAGGAGCAAUCUUAUAUCUCAGAUGAUCAUGGGUUAUCAUUACUGGCUAGGAAUCAAUGUUCCAAAGAUUUGUGAAGUAGCACUAAUUAAUUAUGUUACAAAUUUCAUAGCUAACAAAUUAGAAAAAAAAGAAGAUAUGCCAGUUGAAAAAGUGAGGCUGAUGGAAAGACCAGAAAGUCUGAAUUUUAAUGAAGAAUUCUUGCACUGGGAAUUACAUCAAUACCGUAAGUUUUUGGCUGAAAGGGGAGACACAAAGAUACCGGUAUAUCUUGGACAGCUGCAUCUUGUGGGAAGAAGAGGACUAGAAAGAGAUCAUUCUAAAGCUUUCUACUGCUUUCUAACAGCAGCAAAUGCAGGGAAUGCAAAUGGGAUGGCAUUCCUUGGAAAGAUGUAUUUAGAAGGAAGUACUGUUGUGACUCACAGUAAUAAUAUAGCUUUGAAGUUCUUCAGAAUGGCAGCAGAUAAAUUAAUUCAGAAGUUUGAGAAAGCAGUAGAUGGUGAAGAUAUUAAGAAGGAGUCAAUAGCAAAAAGACAAUUCAGGCCAAACUCUAGCUCUGAAAAGAAGUGGAAGAAAACAUCAACACUUUACAGAACUGUAUGAGAGCUAGGAGGAUGGUCAAAAAAGAUCCUGACAGCAUACUUUGCUUACCAGUCUGGUAAUAUAGAUUAAUCUCUUGUUCAAUGCCUGGCUGAAAUGGGCUAUGAGGUAGCUCAGAGUAAUUCAGCUUACAUCAUGGAAUCUGAAAAGGUUAAACUUCUACAGAGAAAUCAGAUAUACCCACUGGCUCUUCUCUUAUGGAAGUGAGCUGCAAGUCAAGGCAAUGCAUUUGCCAGAGUUAAAACUAGAAAUUAUUACUUCUGUUGCUUUGGAACAACAAAAGAUUAUGCUACAGCAGCAGUUCAUUAUAAUCUUGCUGCAAAUCAACAGAGCACUGAAGCCAUGUUCAAUCUGGCAUACAUGUAUGAUGGUUUAGGCAUUCCUCAGGAUAUACAUUUAGCUAGAAGAUGGUAUGACCUGGCAGCUGAAACCAACCCAGAUGCUAUCAUGCCAGUGUUCCUAGCAUAUAUAAGGCUUGAGGCUAUGCAUGUGCUUACAUAUCUGCCACUUGUCACUCUUACUGGAGUCUAGAAACUGACAGCAUUUGAUAGUUUGCUAAGACUACACUGGGAUCUGCGUACGUUUAUAUUCCUGUUUAUGUUACUGAUAUUGUUAAUAGCCAGUUAGCAAAACUGA